AUGUCAAGGCAAGCUCAAGGAGUCUCUUCCCUACUAGCCAUUAUUGCAAUCUGUUCUUCAUUGCCAUUUCAAUUUCAAAUUGCAAUAGCUCAAUUGGCAUCACCACCACUAUUUUCUCCAAUGAGUGGUGAUGGUUCUCCAUAUCUCUCAACAAAAUGUUUGUCUUCUGCUCUUAUUGUACAUGGGUGUAUAGAAGAGAUUACUGGGUCUCUUAUUGGUGGAAUAUUGGACAAACUUAGUCCUGCUUGCUGUAAUGGCAUCAAUGGCAUCACACAAGAUUGCAUGUCUACAAUGUUCCCAAUCUCCUUUUUUCUACCAGCAUUGCUUAUGCACACUUGUGCCAGUAGUGAUAUGCUUGCUGAAGCACCUGUUGAAGAAACUCUGCCUUUUUAA